AUGGCUCCCACAUACCAGGUCAGCGCGAAGCAAUUUCUGCAAUCGCAGCUAUGUACAACGCUCCCUGUCCCUACAAAGUCCUUCGAAGGUCAGACAGUCAUCAUCACAGGCUCCAACACAGGCCUGGGCUUCGAAGCAGCGAAGCAUAUUGUUCGACUUAAGGCAGACAAGGUCAUAUUAGCUGUCCGCAGCGUAUCAAAAGGAGAGACUGCCGCCAAGGCAUUGCGAUCUGGUUCAGCAGGCUCGGAAAAGUCUCCCACCAAGGUAGAGGUCUGGCAGCUUGACCUCUCUAGUUACGACUCUAUUCAGGAUUUCGCUUCUCGGGUCGACAGGGAGCUUGAUAGACUGGAUGUGGUCAUUGAAAAUGCAGGGCUACUGACGGAAAACUUCACGAUGGCGGGGGACGACGAGUCCACCAUCAGGGUCAAUGUCCUCGGCACCAUGUUCUUGGCUCUGCUACUUCUGCCCAAGCUUAGGGCCACAGCCAACAAGUGGGAAAAAGAUGUUGUCCUUACUUUUACUGGUUCUUUCAUGCACUGGUCUGCCAAGUUUGAAGAGCGAAAGGCCGACGACAUCUUUCAGGAACUCGCUGAUGAGACUAAGGCGACCAUGUAUGAUUCUGAAAGAUACUCGACCUCGAAACUCAUGGAGCUUCUUGCAUUCCGCGAAUUGGCCGCCUGCCUAACACAACCAGACAAGGGUCACAUCAUUACUUCACUCUUGAACCCCGGGGGCGUGAAAACUGAUAUCAUGAGGGACGACAACAUGCGACUUGCGCAAUGGUUGACGGUCAAAAUUGGACGAGCAUUUUUUCUACGUUCGACCGAGGAAGGAAGCAGAACGCUUGUCCAUGCGGCUCAAGGGGGGCGGGACACGGAUCGGCAAUAUCUUGACGACUGCAAGCCUGCGCCGCCUCAUUUCCUUUCACCCUUUGUGCGUUCAGAUGAAGGUCAAGCGACGCAGAAGAAGGUCUGGCAGCAAAUGCUUGCUAGGUUUGAAGAUAUCAAGCCAGGCAUUACAAUGAAUUUGUAG